AUGAGUAUGGUGAUCAGAUCUGGUCAAAACGCAUCUAUUGAUGCACCGAAAGGGGCAUCUGGCUCCGGUGGAAAGCGUCCCAGAAAGGGAAACGGUGGUUGCCGUCCCCCAAGGGACAAGCCAGUGAUCGGCAAGAAGCGCCAGGUAGAGCUUUGCAAGCCCUGCAAAAAGACGGAUCACAGGACGGCUGACUGCCCCUACGGGGAGAUUUAUGUCAACGCGGGGAUUUACCUCAGCGCGAUCCGGUCUGCUGCCGCCUCUGAUAACCCGGCUGUCUUCGGACAGAACCGGUGCAUACUCGAAGUACAGAUACAACGACACAAGUCGGAAGAAGCUGGACGGAUUGAUGCCUUUACUGGCUGUUGGUAUUUCACUGGCGCCACCAACAAUGAUGGGUAUGGCCAGAUCCUCAGAAAGCAGACCCGGAACCUCGGUCAGAGCGGGCGCAAUGCGCAAACAGCAUUCUCUAUGCAUAUUAUUGCAUACGUCGCAGGCCAUGGACAGGAUGUUCCUGCGGGCUUGCAGGCAUCGCAUCUCUGCAAUAACCGCAACUGCUUCAACCCGGCACACAUAGAAAAAGAGACUCCCGAGGCUAAUAGCCAACGGAAGGGCUCCCCGGCUCCCUCUCGCCCGCGUGACCGUCGCCAUGCUGGCCGGCCUGCCGCCCCCGCGCAUCAGCGCCGCCCUUCCCGAGAGGGUCCGACGGAUAGCGACCGUCUCAGAGCAAUUCGGCAGGCGUGCCGAGAGACCCAGACCAGGCCCCAGAGCUCAAAGAACCACGGGAGGACAUAG